AUGUCAUCUGGCGGUGUUGCCAUUCGUGUGGCUCAGUCUCAAUCUCAUGGACCUCUUUUGAGAACGAAUACAGCGCCUGUAUUCAACAAUAGGAGCGCCGAGGGCAACGGAUCCGGCUUGAGUCAAACAAUGAGCCAUAAUUCACGAUCGUCGCAGCUCACGGGCUCGACUGCCUUUACGACUUCCUCUACGACUUCAUUAAAUUCUUUAUCUACUUCUGCGACACUGGUUCCAGCCCCGCUGGCGAUGCCAGUACAAGGCGGAAAUGUAAUCGCGACAAACAAUAUCAUCAACCAAAGAGCCGACGCCUCGAGAUCAUUAUAUCAAAUUUGCGUCAAUUUACGACAGCGACUAGCACAAGUUCCUGGAUUUAACGGUCAUUUCGUUGAUUCAGACGAUGAAGAUGAAGCCGAGGAGGAUAUGGACCCUGUGUCCUCACUUUGGCGAUGUCUGCGAAAGGGAACUCCAUUAGUAACGCUCUACAAUACCCUACAACCAGCAGAGCCUCUGCCAUUACCCGACAACAAGAUGGCCGAACCAAAGAAGUCUAAGAUGGCAGCGUUCAAGUUUGUUGAGGCUUAUCUUUUUGGUGAUGACACGACUGGUUUCGUGAAGGUCACCCAAGUUAUCAAUAUCGUCCUUGAUGAGGCGGAACAGCGUGGCCUGCUUCUCACAUCUCAAGCCGAGGAUACCAACGAGUCUGCUACUGCGCCUGGCUCUAAGAUGAGUUAUAGGCAGCAUGUAGUUCGAGAAUUAGUCGACACGGAACGCAAAUACGUCCAAGAUUUGGAGAACCUGCACGAACUCAAGAAGACAAUCGAACAAAAGGGUGUUAUUGCGGGCGAUGUCGUACACGAUAUAUUUCUUAACAUCAAUGCGAUCCUCGACUUUCAACGCAGAUUUCUCAUCAAAAUUGAGACCACAAAUUCUCAACCAGUAGACAAACAAGAAUGGGGACUACCCUUCAGGAACUAUGAGGAGGCAUUUGGCAUAUACCAACCAUUUAUUGCGAAUCAGCGAAAAGCUGCAACAAUAGCGAAGGAUAACUUUGACAAAAUUACUAUGGCAGAUCACCCUGUCGUCGUGGAUUUCAAUACUUUGGAUGGAUUCCUCCUAAAACCCAUGCAACGUUUGGUAAAAUAUCCUCUAUUACUAAAGGAUCUCCGGGACAAAACAAAUGCUAGUGAUGAGGCAAAAGAAGAUCUUACUCUUGGUAUCGAAGCAUCUAAUCGUGUGCUCCAUCAGGCAAAUGCAGCAGUUGAUAGGGAACUCAGAGGUGAAGCUUUAUUGGAUCUUUGCGGCCGUGUCGACGACUGGAAGAAUCAUAGAGUCGAUCAUUUUGGUGACCUAAUUUUGCAUGGCCAUUUCCCUGUAGUUACUGGCAAGAGUGACGUUCAGAAAGAGGUGCAUUUCCCUCUUUCCCCCAGACAAAAUUCGGCAAAAACUUACGAACCUGAACAGUAUACUAUAUAUCUAUUUGAACGUAUUCUUCUAUGUUGCAAGGAAGUCAAUCCGAACAAAUCUAAAGAUAAACUCAUGGGGAAUCAAAAAGAUAAGAAGGAUCGAAAGGAUAAGAACAAGAUUAAAGAAAAGGACAAGAACGCUAAAUUGCAGCUAAAGGGUCGAAUUUUCAUGACUAAUGUGACGGAUGUAGUAUCAUCUGCUAAGCCAGGUUCUUACACAGUUCAGAUAUACUGGAAGGGAGAUCCAGGAGUUGAGAAUUUCAUCAUUAGAUUUUCCAACGAAGAGACCAUGAAAAAGUGGUAUGAAGGUGUCGACAAACAAAAGAAAGAACAUGCCAAUAUUGGAGCGCAGACAAGCACUAGUCCCGAUACAGCACUAAGGAACUUUGAAUGGGCGCGUGAUCAAAUUGCAUCAAUGCCUAAUCCUUACGCUCAACAAGAGGAUGAGGAUGAAGAGGAAGACUACAGUGGUACCACUGCAUAUGGAUCUCCACCAAACUCUGGAAUGCCUCCAAAUUUUGGAAUGCCUCCAAACGCUAGCAUGGCUCGAAAUUCGUCUAAUAAUAGCCUGCGCUCAAGAUCCUCAACCACAGAGAAUCCAUCUUUAGCUGGUAUUGCACGAGCACUACCGCCACGUUUCCCAGUUGGCAUGAAUAUAGCUCCACCUCUCAGUUUACAGACUCAAAUUUCUGGCUCACUCCCAUCCCCGGGUCAAAAAUUGUUAGAUUCGUACUUCUCGCCUAUAGGAGAGUCACCUGCACCCUCUGCACGAACUAGUACAUCUUCUACAAUGUUUCAAUUUCCACGCCAGCCAACACCCCAGGGCCAGGGCUCUUGGGAUGAUAACAAUCGUUACACCGCACCUGCAAUUGUUCGUGUACCGUCAAGAGAUAACCCCGGUUCAGUCAGCGGUCCCUCUUAUCAGAUGAAUGGCCGAACGCCACAGAGACCAUCACUUCCUGCCAUGGCUACAUCAUCACAGGCUGCCGCUGCCGCUGCACAACAGCGAAGUCGCUCAUAUAGCACUCCUGACAUUAAUGCUCAGCAAGGUGUUCGUCGUCUACCAAAUGGAGCUCUGAGCACCCCGCAAGGACAAGUUCCCGCCGUUCCUGGCAUCCCUGCACAUCUACAUCCAGCUUAUGAUGCUGGUGUUCCCAGAUCCCAAAACAACUCACCAAAUGGAUUGCCAGUAAGGACCAACACCCAAUCGCCUGGUGUUCAGAGAGAACGUCAACUGCACCAGCAGCACCCGUCGCAGCACGCUAAUGAAUUACAGUACUCUAAUGGUUCACAAAGCCUGGGCGUGUCACAGCCUAAUUAUACUCGCAGCAACACUACUCAAAUACCAACAACUGCGCUCGAUAGCCGGCUGCCACCAUCGCUGAUAAGUGGUAAUAGUGGAAUGUCACUCUCGCCAGAAGGUGACAUGCUGUUACCUACACAGCUCAAAGUCAAGGUCAAUUGUGACGGUAACUACGUUACAUUAGUAGUGGCUUUCAACAUCACAUAUCAAUCUCUUACUGAUCGUAUUGAUGCUAAGGUUGGAAGAUUCUCAACCAACGCAAUUGCUCGAGGGACCAUGAGAUUACGAUAUCGUGAUGAAGAUGGUGAUUUUGUUACUAUUGAAUCCGAUGAUGACAUUCAAAUUGCAUUUCAGGAAUGGAGCGAGGCUCAAAAGUCACAAUACCAUAAUACAGGGCAACUUGGAGAAAUUGAGUUAUUUUGUUUAAGCAUUGACGGCGAGCGUUGA